CCUUUGCCCGGCACGUUUGCAAUUAAAGGCGUCGUACCGAUAAUCGGCAGUUGGCAUCUAAUAACGCGCGCGAAAAUAGCACGUGUAUCGCUUGACGCGCUGGGCGCAUGUCUGAGGGUGUCGCACAGCUGAAGCAUGAGGGCUCCCAGCGACAGGUUGUCGUCGCAGGUGCGGUUGCCGGCCUGGUAUCGCGCUUCGUGAUAGCUCCUCUCGACGUCAUAAAGAUCCGCCUGCAACUCCAGAUCCACUCCCUCUCCGACCCUCUCAGCGUUCGACAUGUCCAGGGACCCGUCUACAAAGGAACAAUAGGCACCCUCAAGCAGAUCCUCCAUGAGGAGGGUGUCACAGGACUAUGGAAGGGCAACAUACCUGCGGAGUUGAUGUACUUGACGUACGGCAGCGCCCAGUUCUCUGCCUAUACGUACGUGUCGCACUGGCUGGAGACUAUACCUGCACCAUAUACGCUUCCUAGUUCUGUCACAAACUUCCUCAGUGGUGCGAGUGCGGGUGCUGCUGCUACAACAGCCACCUACCCGCUCGAUCUUCUGCGCACGCGCUUUGCUGCCCAAGGAAAAGAUCGCGUCUAUACCUCCAUCAUAGCGUCGGUGAAGCACAUCGCACAGCAUGAAGGACCUAGGGGUUUCUUUCGCGGCCUCGGCGCAGGCGUGAGCCAGAUUGUGCCCUACAUGGGCCUCUUCUUCGCCAGCUACGAGAGCUUGAAGCCCGUUACCGCCUCCUCUCCCAUACCCUUACCACUCGGAAGCUCGGAUGCCGUCGCCGGUGUUAUCGCGAGCGUUCUUUCCAAAACCGCCGUCUACCCGCUCGACACUACACGCAAGCGACUACAAGUUCAAGGGCCCAUGCGCGACCGAUACGUUCAUCGGAACAUACCAACUUAUAGCGGUGUCAUCAGCACUAUAGCGCAUAUAUGGAAGCACGAAGGUAGACGAGGCAUGUACCGCGGCUUGACGGUCAGUCUACUGAAGGCUGCGCCAGCCAGCGCCGUUACUAUGUGGACAUACGAGCGGGCCAUGGGGCUCAUGUUGGCUUUUGAUGAACAGCACAAAGAUGAUUGAAUAGCCUUUUGGCAACUUUAGCAUGUAUAGACCGGCGUCAAGAUACCAAAUUCGGCUU